AUGACAGUGGCGUCGCUGGUGACGCUGCUACUAGCGAUCCUAGUCUUCCAGGCAAGCGCAUCGGGCUCCGGUUCGCUCGAAGCCUCAGUAGGCUCCGAACCCAACGCCACCGUGGUCGAUACCAACGCCUAUGUGGCCACCACCGCACCCCCAGCCCCAGCGUCCACCGAGUCUCAGGUGACGCUGGCGCCCAUCGACACGGCGUCGUCCACGUCCUCGACCUUCCAGCUCGUGGACAACGUGGACUGCAACGAGACCGUGUCCGACAAGAUCUACGUCAUCUACAACAAGAACCGCGCGCUCUUCGACCUGUGCGUGAGCGACGCGCAGUACCAGAUCUUCCCCUUCCUGGGCACCAAGCCCUCGGCCGCGCAGGUCGAGUCCAUGGCGACGUCCACGUCCUGCGACGUGGUCUUCACGGGCGUCUUGCUCGCCGACUUCCCGCAGUGCCAGAUCUCGGGCUUCCCGCUCAAGGCGGCGGUGGAGACGCUGCUCAAGAUCCACGUGGACCUCGUCUACGGCUACGCGGCGUCCCCGUCGGCUGAGCGCUUCCAGGAGAUGAUGUCCUGGCGCCGCUACGUGAACCUCGCCAAGCAGGCGGGCGUGCCCUGCGACUCGGGCUCGGAGCUGUAUGCCGAGUACGAGGAGAACCUCGAGGUCGCGCGCACCAACAGCUCCAUCCGCGUACUGCCGAACCUCCAGAUCGAGUACAAACUCGCCAGCGGAUCGUGGUACGACGCCGACGGAGAAGACUAUGCCACCAUUGACAGCAGCAGCUCGGACAGCGACGAUGCCGUCGUGGGCACGGUCGCUGCUGGAGUCGGCAGUGUCGGCGUGGAGGCGAGUAAUAGCUCGGCCACAGUCGGCAGCGCCGCGUCGUCGAUAGUGAAGAGCGGUGUUGCUACCAUGGUUAUGAGCUCCGUUCUAGGUGUUUUGCUCAUGACAUGGGCGUAA